UGUAAACAGUGAAUCCACGUGUGAUGUUUUACUUGUCUUGGGAAGCGGGAAAAGUUAGCAGUUAGCCACAGUUUCUCGAAUCAGGAAUCACGAAUGCAAUGAUGUUUCGAAGUUUAAAACUGUUCACAAGUAGCACUGCUGUGUUAAGGCUUGCUGGAUUGGGCUGUAAGAUCCAGAGAACAAUGAGUGUGAAAAUUCUGGACGGGGGAUUGGGAAGUGAGCUGCAAUACACAGGUGUUAUCAGCCUUGAGGAUGAACUGUGGAGUGCCCGGCCGUUAAUAACUGGUCCACACUUGAUCAAGAAUGUGCAUAAGAGUUUCCUGGAAAGUGGGGCAGAUAUCAUCACAACUGCUACUUAUCAGGCGAGUAUUCAGGGUUUUACUGAGUCUGUGGGUAUGUCGAGAGAGGACGCCCUUGAGUUGUUUGCCCUGGCAACAAGGGUUGCCAUGGAGGCUGUUGAAGAGUUCUGGGCUGAGAACAAGGACAAAGACCCAGGGAGACAGAAACCAGUUGUGGCCGGUUCCCUGGGCCCAUACGGUGCCAGCCAACAUGACUCUUCAGAAUACAGCGGGGUAUACGCAGACACGAAAACAAAAGAGGAACUGAAGGAAUGGCACGGGCCACAUCUGGAGGCUUUGGUGAGGUCUGGCGUGGAGCUCAUCGCUGUAGAGACCAUCCCAUGCCAAAUUGAGGCUGAAGCUGUCGUGGAGCUACUCAAAGACUUCCCAGAUACCAAAGCCUGGCUCAGUUACUCUGUAAAGGACAACCAGCAUAUAUGGCACGGUGAGACAUUUGUUGAUGGUGUCAGGGCAGUGGUUGAUUCGGAGCAGAUAGUCGCCGUAGGCUGCAACUGUUGCAACCCAAGCAACGUGGCCUCACUCCUUGAGAGAGCCGAGAGUGUUGUUGGGGACAAGCCAUUUGUUGUCUACCCGGACAAAAGGAAGGAGUUCUUUGAUGGCAGGAAGCUUGGGGAAUACCAAGUGCCUGACUUAGAGAGGCUGGUGACCAGCUGGAUUGAGCUGGGAGCACGCUAUGUUGGGGGCUGCUGUCACACCAGGCCAGAAGAUAUACGCCAAAUUGCAGAAGUUGUCAGGAAGUACAACUCAUCACUCUAGAUUGUAAAACUUCAUCACUUGAAAGAAAUGCUUCAUGGAUAAGUGGUGUUUUGACAUACAGCUUGGGAAAGAAAGCUUACAAAAGUUUCCUUUGUUUCACAUUAGGCAAGUUUCUGAAGUGCAUGUGGGUUUUCCUUGUAGGUGGAUUGUCCUUGUAGGUGGGUUUUCCUUGCAGGUGGGUUGUCCUUGCAGGUGGGUUGUCCUUGCAGGUGGGUUGUCCUUGCAGGUGGGUUGUCCUUGCAGGUGGGUUGUCCUUGCAGGUGGGUUGUCCUUGCAGGUGGGUUGUCCUUGCAGGUGGGUUGUCCUUGCAGGUGGGUUGUCCUUGCAGGUGGGUUGUCCUUGCAGGUGGGUUGUCCUUGCAGGUGGGUUGUCCUUGCAGGUGGGUUGUCCUUGCAGGUGGGUUGUCCUUGCAGGUGGGUUGUCCUUGUAGUAGGAUUGUCCUUGUAGGUGGGCUGGUGAGCAGCCAAUUUCACAAAACUUUACACAAUGGUGUAACUCCACUUGCACCCUAUUUUAUUGUGUAAGUUGUGCAACAAAUUAGGAAUGAUUUCACGAAACUUACUAUCUUACACAGUCAUUGUAGAUUGCAUAAGAUGCACAAUUUUCUUGGCCUUAAGCAUGGUUCAAAGUUAUGCCUUUUUUUUUUUAAAUUGGCCACUGGAUGCUUUUGGCCUGUAUUCACUGCAAAGGGAUUGAGUAAUUCUAUGGUAAACCAGGCUGACUGUUUAACUUUGCAGUGACUCUGGUGAUUUGACUGACAGUGGUGUGAAUCCCUUUGAAGUGGUUUACUGUGAAGAACAGCUUGGAAAGUGGAAAGAAUUUUGUCCUCUGCAUUGAAGCAAAUCACCUUUAAGCCUAGAGUUUUAGACAUUGUAAUUACUAGUAUCAACUGGCUGUGCAGCAUGAAGCCUGCUGGGUACAUCUAGGUUUGUUCACAAACCUAAGGAAAACUUGAAAUUAAGGACAGCAUUAGUACAGCAGUUUAGCCAUCUGUUUGUAUUCCCAAACCAACAAAGCCAAUACGCAGAAAACUAAAUACACAGUCAGAAAAUGAACGUCACGUUUUCUCUGUGUAAAGAAGGCAAGCAUGUUCGCAUAUGUGACCCGUCACAACAAAAUGAGCGUAAAGUCGCAUUCCGCGCUUUCCUAUUUUGAAGGUUCAAAAUCAUAUUGAAGU